UUAACAAAAUACUACUACCACUACCACUUGCUUGUUGUCUCCAAGUUGAAGUAUUAUAUAUCAACCACAAACAUCAUGUUUUCCCAAUAUUCCCUACUUAUUAUUUCCUUAAUAUUAUUUUUGAAACCAUUGGAAAUAGUUGGACGUUCUCACCAGUGGUCCAAUAACAAGAAGUCUGACUCAUUGGUCAUUGAUCAUCAUGAAGAUCUUGUGACUGAUUUGCCAGGACAACCUAGUGUAAAUUUCAAACACUAUGCUGGACAUGUGACAGUAAAUGAGAACAAUGGAAGAGCACUCUUCUAUUGGUUCUAUGAAUGCUCAACUGCCCCUCAGGAUAAACCUUUAGUGCUUUGGCUUAAUGGAGGUCCAGGAUGCUCUUCAGUGGGAUAUGGAGCAACACAAGAGAUUGGGCCUUUUCUUGUAGACUCUGAUGGUUUUGGCCUAACACUUAAUCCUUAUUCUUGGAACAAAGAGGCAAACUUGUUGUUCCUGGAAUCUCCAAUUGGUGUUGGCUUUUCAUACUCAAAUACAAGUGGAGAUUAUCUUAAUCUUGGAGAUGAUUUCACUGCCAAUGACACAUAUACUUUUCUACACAAGUGGCUUCUCAAGUUCCCAUCAUAUAAAAAACGACCCUUUUAUAUUGCUGGAGAGAGUUAUGCAGGAAAAUAUGUACCUGAGUUGGCUGAAGUCAUUGUUGACAAGAAUAAAGACCCUUCCCUUUUCAUUGAUCUCAGAGGAAUCCUGCUAGGUAAUCCUGAAACAUGUGAUGCAGAGGACUGGAAGGGCCUAGUGGAUUAUGCUUGGAGCCAUGCUGUCAUUUCUGAUGAAACUCACAAGAUUAUAUCUGAUUCUUGUGAUUUUAACAGUAAUGAUACAUGGAGCAAUCAGACAUGUAGUCAGGCUGUUGAUGAGGUCCUCAAACAGUACAAAGAGAUUGAUAUCUACAGCCUCUAUACUUCAGUAUGCAUAAGAGAUACUGCUAGUACUGAACGACAAACCACAAAAGUCUUAUUUGACACCAAGUCCAAAAUGAUGCCAAGGAUCAUGGGAGGAUAUGAUCCCUGUCUUGAUGAUUAUACUUCUUCUUAUUACAAUAGACCUGAUGUUCAAAAGGCUCUCCAUGUUGUAAGUGAUGGUCAACACCUUAAAAGCUGGAGCAUCUGCAAUAUGUCCAUCUUUGGUAAUUGGUCAGACUCAAAGGAAUCAGUUCUUCCUAUAUAUCACAAACUCAUUGAUGCUGGACUCAAAAUUUGGGUCUACAGUGGUGACACUGAUGGAAGAGUUCCUGUUUUAUCAACAAGAUAUAGUUUAAGUGCCCUUGGUCUGCCAAUAACAACAAAAUGGAGACCAUGGUACCACCAGAAACAGGUAGGAGGAUGGGUUGAAGAGUACAAGGGGUUGACAUUUGCAACAUUUAGAGGAGCAGGACAUGCAGUUCCAACUUUCAAGCCUAGUGAAUCACUUGCAUUCUUCACUUCUUUCCUUAAUGGAUUAUCUCUUCCUUUUCAGAGGAACUAAUUAAUUGAUUAAGGCACUAACUAAGGGAAUAUAAUAUAUUAAUUACCCUUUUUUACUAUAUACAUUUUACCCUUCAUUCAAAAUGGGAGGAGGGGAUAUAUAUAUAGUUUUAAAAGUACGUACCUCUAGAGGGAUUAAUUAGCACAUGACCAUCCACCUUUCUCCUGAGCAAUAUUAAAGGAGAAUUUGGUUUUUGAAUAAUGUAAUGGCUCUCUCAUAAAUAUGAGUAUUAAGAGGAUAAAUAUAUUUUGUGGCUUAAA